CAAUUGAAGAAAUGGAGAUGCUAUUACUAGCACUCCUUUUCUUCUUCUCCUCUCUCUCCCAAAAUCCCGCCGCCGCGGAGCUCAACACCACCCGCCGCGCCCUCGCCGGCGCCGCCGGCUGCAACAUCUUCCGCGGCAAGUGGCUCUACGACCCCUCCUACCCGCUCUACGACUUCUCCAAAUGCCCCUUCAUCGACGACCAAUUCAACUGCCUCAAAUACAACCGCCCCGAUCGGAGCUACCUCAAGUACCGGUGGCAGCCAUCGUCAUGCAACUUAGCCAGCUUUAAUGGAUUGAAUUUUUUGGAGAGGAUGAAGGGGAAGAAGAUCAUGUUUGUUGGCGACUCACUGAGUCUGAACAUGUGGGAAUCGCUGAGUUGUAUGAUUCACGCGUGGGUUCCCAACGCGAGGACUUCACUCGUUGAGCGCCAAGGACUGAGUCAACUCACUUUCCUGGAUUAUGGGGUAAAAUUGCUAUUGUACCGCACCCAAUACCUAGUUGACAUGGAGACCCAAAACGUGGGUCGGGUCUUGAAGCUUGACUCGAUCCGCAGCGGCGACGCAUGGCUAGGAAUGGACGUUCUGAUCUUCAACACGUGGCAUUGGUGGACCCACACCGGAAGUUCUCAGCCAUGGGAUUACAUAGAGGAAGGAGGGAAAUUAUACAAGGAUACGAAUCGGCUGAUAGCAUACUACAAAGGGUUGACUACUUGGGCAAGAUGGAUCAAUCGAAACAUAGAUCCUUCCAAAACCAAAGUCUUUUUUCAAGGAAUUUCUCCCACACAUUAUGAGGGAAAAGAUUGGAAUGAGCCAACAAAAUCAUGUAAAAGUGAGACACAACCAUACUUUCAAUUGAAGUAUCCAGCAAAUACACCACCAGCUGCAGUUGUAGUGAACAAAGUAUUGAGCAGAAUCAAGAAACCUGUUUAUUUGCUUGAUAUCACACUUCUCUCUCAAUAUAGAAAAGAUGCACACCCCAAUGUGUAUAGCCUCCACAAUGGCUUGGACUGCAGCCAUUGGUGUCUCCCCGGCCUCCCCGACACAUGGAACCAGCUCCUCUACACGGCCCUCAUUGGCUGAGGGCUGUGGCCGAUGUUUUCGUAUCGUGUUUUAGUGUCGUGAGAGUAAUUUUAUUUCAUUGGUUUUGUAUUUUGUUGAUAGAGGAGAGGAAAUUCAUUUUCUUUCUUUCUAAUUUUAUAGCAUAGAUUUGAUGUGAAAGUAAUUUAAUAAGAAUGGUGGUGGUAGUUUGAAUGUAAACUAGUUCCUUGUUUUGCCUCAACUGGUGAAAUGAAAGGUUACAAAUUUAUCA